AUUCUCGUCCAACCACUAAUUUCUUUCCCAAAAAAAAUUCAACAAACCAUAAGUAUCCAAAACGACACCGUUAAAGUCUCCAUUCGCGUGUAAACCUCACAUUAUCCACACAUACGUACACUCAUACUUUCUCUCUCUAACCGCCAAUGGCCGGUGCAGCUGACAACUUUCUCUCUCCUACUCGCGUAAUCAACUCACCUAAAUUUAUCACCGGUAACUUUUUCCGGCGAAAAUUCUACUCCGUCGCUAUUUUGCGACGACACUGUGGUGAUUUUACCUGUUUUUCCACAUGCGCCGCCGGUCAACCACCGGUGACUCCGGUUAUUUCCGAAGGUCCGUCGUGUAUUCUUGUCGGACCUAUCGAAACUGCUAGCCAAGAAACUCUCGAAGCUCUUUACAAUCAGGCGAAAGAUGCGUAUUACAGUGGUAAACCGUUGAUAAUGGAUGAUAUGUUUGAUAGAGUUGAAUUGAAAUUGAGGUGGUAUGGAUCGAAAUCUGCGGUGAAAUAUCCGAGGUGUAGUUUGCGUCGUCAAUCUACCUAUGCUGAUGCUCAGGAAGACCCUUCGCAGGUGUUUGCUUUGGCGAGCGUCUGGUUUUUGAUACUUGCAUUUGGCAGUUCAGUAUGCCUGGUGCCCAUGUUGUACACCGUCUAUCUAGCUUACCAGGGUACUUUUGACUCAGAAGCAGUCUACAGCAACCAACCAGCAACAAUGGAGUUUCUUGGCAUGUUGAAUAGUGUGUUGUUCAUGCUGCUGGGCUCUGCAGUUGGCUGCCCAAUUGCAUCAGCUUCUGCUCGAGCACUACAGGGCCUAUGGCGGAAUGAUCUGGUGGCAUUGAGAGGAGCAUGUCCCAGUUGUGGAGAGGAGGUUUUUGCAUUUUUGAGGUCAGAUCAAAGCAAUAGCUCUGCCCAUAGAGCAGACUGCCAUGUAUGCGAAUGCCGGCUUGAAUUUCGCACCAAGGCUGAGCAAUCUCUUUCAAAACUUAAAAGACGGUGGGUUCAUGGCCGUGUCUACCUGAUCUCUGAGAGACGAAGUGGCCGGCAUUAAACAUUGACAUGCUAACAGGACCACCAGAGAGUUAAAUGUGUAAUUGAGGUCAUGUACAGUAGGAUGAUUCUUUUGGAGUUGAAGAACUGUCUGGUUAUACAAGAUUCAAAAGUAAACAAGAUUACAAAAAGCAAAUUUGAUACUGUUAAAAACUAGUUUGAACAAGAUGUUGCUGUCUCAACUAGUGCAGGAAGUAAUGAAGUAGAGUAUAUAUGUAUAUGGUGUUCUCAUAAUUCUUGUUUUCUUUUCUUUAUAUUGGUUAUGCGCAUUUUUCGGGGGUGGUUCUACUUAAUGUGCUAAAACACACACCCUCAUGACCUUCGUCUCGACUUUUCGUCUUUUGGCUAUGGAAAAUGGAUGAGAUGCUUAAUGGAGACAAACAGGUUAUGUGCCA